CAGUUCAGUACGAUAUAUUGUUAGCUCGUGUCUAGAUCGCGUUGAAAACGUUUCUAUUUUUUGUGUGUGUGCUUCUCUUGUACAUUAACUUUUAAGUUUUGUUUAAAAAAAAAAGAAUCGAAAAAAAAAACGGAAAAGAAACAAAAGUGUCUUAUUGACGAUUGGACACAAUUUUAAGAUGAAAGUGCAUAAAAUUAGUGGAAUAAUGCAAUAUGCAUGAUGACUGAUAUGGAAAUUACAUAUGAAAUAAAAUGUAAAAUAACUGAAAAUCGAGCGAGAGAGAGAGAGAGAAAAAAAAGUGUUACUACGAAUGUGUUAAGUGCGAAAUAUAGUGUUCGAGUGGUUCUUCUCAUUUUGGAUUCGACGAUAUUAUAUGAAAAAUAAUACAAAAUGGAGAACGGAAAUGUUAGAAAAAACGAUGAUGCCUUAUUAAGACUGUGCUAUGUUAAGGGUGAUGUUGACGGUAUGCUUGGCUUGCACUUGAGUCGAGCACCAUGGGACCCAUAUCCGUGGGUAAGUGGAGUGCAAGCUGGUUCAAGCGCUUCGAUUGCGGGACUUAAAGUCGGCGAUUGUGUACUAGAAGUCAAUGGAGAGAAUGUUUUGGGGCAAAAGAUUGUCGAGGUGGCAGAGAAAAUCAGACAAAAUUGGAAAAACACAGAUGUACAGUACGAAGUCACUUUUUUGCUGUGGAAUUCCAAAUUGGAUGAACAUGAAGUGAAUCCGCAACAUCUUCAAAAGUUUGCCCUGUGUCUUCAAAAUAUCGCCCAGCUCCUCGAAUGUCCAAUCUGUUUGGAGGUAGCAAAACCACCAGCAUGGCAAUGCCAAAACGGUCACGUACUUUGUGAUAACUGUCGUGGUCGAACUUCUCGAUGUCCUAUAUGCAGAGUAACUCUUGGCCCUAAGGGACGAUGUCUUUUAGCUGAGAAAGUUUUUACUUUAUUGGCCGAUUCAUUUCCAUGUGAAAAUGGUCAAAGCAAGUGGAACACGAAACAUUUGGAAAACGAACAUGACAGUCAUCAAACCCACCAGAAGAAUUUACCAAAAAAAUCAUUCACACUUGAGACGGUGAUCACUCAUCCGCACAAGAUGGAUCAAUUCAAAUACAACUGUUUGUCGUGUUCGUCAUCAUGCCCAAAAAUGAAAUCCCAGCACGAACUGUUAAUCCACUUACAGAGAAAUCAUAAAAUAUCGGUCACCCAAUACUAUGCUGCAUUAGGCGAUAAAAUAAACAUAAAAUUUAGUGAUAAGUCCGUUACAUCUAUUGUCAUUUCAAAAAACGAGAAUUUGGAAGUUUUUUGGGUGAUGAAAAUGAGAUUCAGUUCGGGAUAUAGGGGACUUAGGCAUGGAAAAGAUAUAUGCUGGAUAUGGUAUUAUGGUGAUGCGGUCGAGGCAAAUUUAUAUUCGGUUAAACUGGAAUGCAAUAAGGCGAAAUGGAGAGGUGUUGUGAAUUCAUUAGAAAUUUGUGUAAAUGAUAUUAUAAAUUCAUCAAGAUAUGCAGUGUUCGAGUGGCCCGUUGUUGAUUUAAUUGUGGAAAUAAAAUAAAAAAAACUUUUUCAAUU